UAUAUAUAUAUAGCCUAGUCUAACACAUUCCAACAAAUGUUAAAGGUAGUCUAACAUAUCUCAGGCUGUGUUGUUGAAGGUGAGAACGUAAUGUGGUCAAGUAGUUUGUUUUUAGAGUGCGGAAUGCUCAGCAUUAUUUUCCAGUGACGUGAGUAAAAAAGGUAAUAUGCCAUAAAAUGUAUAGGAGGAGUGACACUUGAUUGAUUUACCACGCAUGUGUACAACGCAAAUUUGAAUGAAGGGGGAAGUUUGCUCGGUUGUUAACCUUGACAUCAGCUGUCAGUGGGGACAUUGGAUUAUUUAUGUUUUCUGACCAAGGAAUAGACCAGCCCUCAACGAUGGCCUCUCUUCUACAGUAACACAAUAGUGCUAAAGCCUGUGUGUCAGGUGUUAGAAGUGGGCACUUUCUGGUGAAUGACUAGGUUUUAUUCUAUACUACUAAGGCUAUGUCACUGACAGUGAAUAUUGAAAUUAUAGAGUGUUGCAAUGGCACAUCAUUUGAAUUAAGGCAUAUGAAUAGAGAGGUAACAGGAGAUUUGCUCAUACAACCAGUAUAUGCUCAGUGGUCAGUUUAUUAGGUACAGCCAUCUAGUACCAGGUCGGACCCCCCUUUGCCUCCAGAACAGCCUGAAUUCAUCGGGCAUUGAAACGUUACUCAAUUAGGGACCUAACUUGUGCAAGGAAAACAUUCCCCACAACAUUACGCCAUCAGCCUGUACUGUUGACACCAGGCAGGAUGGGGUCAUGGACUCAUGCCGCUUAUGCCAAAUCCUGGCUCUGCCAUCAGCAUGACGUAACAGGAACCGGGAUUCGUCAGACCAGGCAACAUUUUUCCACUCCUCAAUUGUCCAGUGUUGGUGAUUGCGUGCCCAAUGGAGCCGCUUCUUCUUGUUUUUAGCUGAUAGGAGUGGAACCUGGUGUGGUCGUCUGCUGCAAUAGCCCUUCCAUGACACGGACCGACAAGUUGUGCGUUCCGAGAUGCUGUUCUGCACACCACUGUUAUACUGCGCCGUUAUUUGCCUGUUUGUGGCCCGCCUGUUAACUUGCACGAUUCUUGCUAUUCUCUUUCGACCUCCCAUCAACGAGGUGUUUUCGCCCACAGGACUGUCGCUGACUGGACGUUUUUUAUUUGUCGCACCAGGAGGCCGGCCGUUUCUGAAAUAUUGGAACAAGCGUGCCUAGUACCGACGAUCACACCACGCUCAAAGUCUCUUAGGUCACUAAUUUUGCCCAUUCUAACAUUCAAUCGAACAGUAACUGAAUGACUCGAUGCCUGUCUGCCUGCUCUAUAUAGCAAGCCACGGCCACGUGACUCGCUGUCUGUAGGAACAAACCAUUUUCGUGAACAGGGUGUACCUAAUAAACUGUAUAUUGCAUGGGAUGUGCAUGUCAAGUUCAGACAGUCCUAUUUGAUCUUGAGGUGGUAGUGGCUAUUGGCUAAUGACUGUUUUAUUGUUAGUUGUGAGCUCCUCUCCAUGGGAAACUAGUGUCAUGUUCCUAAGAGCCUAAAUCAAGAGGUUGUUUGUGUCAAAUCAUCCAUCUUCACAUCUUUAUAAAACCAGAUGUAGGCUAUAGAGGUAAUUGGUUUGGAAGAGGUAUGUUCCUUUUAAGUAAUGGAUGAUAAUUCAUGCUUUUGUUUUUCAUUCACUCUAUUGAGUAGCAGACCUAAGGAGCUCUCUAUUCAUGGAUGGAUAUUCCUGGUCAGAAGUUGAUGUCUUGUUUCUGGAACCCAGUGUGUUGUGUGCUUUUCAGACAGUGGUCUGCUGGUGAACAGUGGGAGGAUUACAACCUGUAACUUUUUAGCCUGGAUGGGGUUCUGUAGUGGAGACUGGCACCAAUGGGUACCAUGCUCAAGGCUUCAGGGUGGCUAGCAAUCAUACUGGUGUAGAAAGGGAGUGGAUAGAUUAUGAAGCAAUGUGAACUUUAGGGGCCAAGUAUACAGGGCGUUCCCUGUAUUUUCACUUUCAGUCAACCAUAACGGACAGUCAAAUCAGUCAGGAUUUCCGCACACCGCUUUUAGCUGAUCUAAUACGUCUCUCUUUUCUGUCUGCCUCAUGGAUUUACCUGCGUUCACUUUUACGAGGGUGUGCGGAAAAUGUGACUCACCUCUGUUGUGGAGACAAUGGAAACAUUGGUGAGGGGAGGUUAUUGUCUGUCAUAACCACAGUGACUGAACAGCUGGCAGUCCUGUUUGACUUAAAAGCUCAUCAAGCUUUGAAUGUCACAUGAUUACACAUUGAUGUUGAGGUAUCCCCCCCCCCCUCCCCCCGUUAAGGUCACCUUGUCAUCUUCAGAGCACACCUUAUACCAGAACUACACAUGAUGUUAUGUUAUGUUCAGUACUUAACAACGCAACGUUGCCAAUAUUACAAUGUAUAGCACUGCAUACCACUGCUGUCAAAGCAUGUUUAGCCCGGGAUAACGAUUUGACUGAAGACAUAUACCAUGAGUUAUUUCUUCCCAAGCAGUUUCCUCCCUAGUUAUUUCCUCCAGGCAUUAGAAACCAUUGAUUUUAAAAUAUGUUUUAAUGUAUUUUUCAUUAUGAUAUUUAACAUUGAUUAAUAUGAUUUAAACAUUGAAGCACAAUGGAACAUUUAAAUGGGUUAUACAUGAGAACGUGUCCUUUUAGGAGAUGAGCAGUUGAACAUACUUAAUAAAGUUAUCCUGUGAAAGAAGGUACCUUCUUUCACAGGAUAACUAUAUUAAGUAUGUUCAACUACUCAUCUCCUAAAAGGACAAUCAUUCAGGGUCCCUGCCUGCCUGGCUCCUCAGCAGCCCACGGCCUCUAAUAACCACCCAUGCUACAUCCCCAAAGAAACUCGAUAGACCCUUUCAUUCCCUAUCUCUAAGCUACAUUCUCUGUUCUCUCUCUCCUAUUAAACAUUUAUAGACUGUGUGCUUUUUAUGCUAUGGCAAAUAUGCAUACCAAAGAUUAGGAGGAAUUGUAUUUAGGCUAAUCUCUGUUUCGCCCAGGCAAGUCUAAACAUGCAUGUGUUGAUAAGGAGGCAUUCCGUCUACUCCAGUCAAGUGGGUGGCGUUUGUUUUAUUUUACACAGAAUUCCAAUUAUGGGACACACUUUACUUCAUCAUCCAUCUUCUGAAGUAAUCUCAGGUCAGAUUGAGUAUUUUUGGAGUCAUUGAGUCUGGUUAUGUGAAUUCCCAAAGAAGUCGGGCACAACCUUGGUUAUGCUUCCUCUGCUUUGCCACAGGAUCCGUGACGCUUAUCCAUUACAAGACGAAGGAUCACUUGAGUAACGAGAAAGGUGGUGAGACAGUGGGCCGUCCUGUUUGACCUCCAUGUAUGUGUACACUACAGCCUUGGUGUAAUUCCUCAGCCUUGGGUUUGGCCUCAGUGUUUUGCCUGCGCUAGUGCAACAUCAGCAGUCUGAGUCCCCCCUCCCUCCACCUCUACAUCCCCUCCCUCAGUCUAGUCACACCACUCCCCCUCAGUUUGCCACACAGCUGGUGCAGUGCUGGGCACACACACAGAACCUCUGACUGUGUGCCGGGGAUGUAGAGCUCUGGUUUCAGUCAGGCUGCAGGCAGCCAGCACAGCUGUUGGGUCUGAGUUUCUUGUUUGCAUGCGGUGGCUGCCGACCGGCCGGGGCCCUUGGCAACGCUGAUAUCAGCUUCUCAGAAAUCUAGGAUGAAGACGUGAGGAGGAGAUGACACGCGGUGGAUCAGGGUUUCAACCUCACCUUCACUUUGGGAUGUUUGCCCCCCUUAUGAAAUAAACUAAGCAUAUCCUUUCAGGGAAACGAGGGCACAGAGGAAGUAGGACAGUGGAACAUUGGAAGUUGGACUUGCUAGCUAGGUACUCCAGCCUGUGGCCAUGACGGAGCCUAUGGUCCCCAGUAGCAGCAGCAGUGCUGGCCUAACAUGGGCAAAGAUGUGCAAGGAGUGUGGCCAGCAGCACGAGGGAGGCCAGGAGAACCACCUGUUUGAGUACCAGGAUGAGGUAGAUGACGAGCUGGUGUGCCACAUCUGUCUGCAGCCCCUGCUGCAGCCCAUGGACACGCCGUGCGGACACACCUACUGCUUCCAGUGCCUCAGCAGCUUCCUGAAGGAGCAGGACUUUUGUCCCGUGGACCGCCAGCAGCUGCAGCUGUACCAUUGCCGCCCCUCCAGCCUGCUGGUCAGGAACCUGCUGGACAAGCUGACCGUGCUCUGUCCACACCAAGCUGAGUGCCAGCAGCAGAUGCAGCGCUGUGAGCUGCAGCCCCACUUGCACAACAGAUGUCCUGUUUUCAGAAGGCUGAGGGAGGAGGCAGAGAGGAGGAAGAGACCCCCCUGGAAUGAGCUAAAGGGGAACAGGGGGGAGGGGGAGUCAGGCGCUGAUACCAAACAUACCCCUACGAUGACCCGUACUGCCACCCGGGACACCCAGCCCGAGCCUGGCCUCAUCAACCCUGCCUUCGAAGAGAGCGAGGAUGAGACCUCCAUGCGGUCCAGCCUGGUGGCCGAGGCCAACGUGGUGGAGAUGAAUCGGGAGGAGCAGGAGUUGGGCCUGCGUAUUGUGGGAGGAAAGGACACGCCCCUGGGCAACAUAGUCAUCCAGGAGAUCAUCCGUGACUCACUGGCGGCCCGCGAUGGCAGGCUGGCCCCGGGGGACCACAUUCUGGAGGUGAAUGACGUCAGCCUGGCGUCUAUCCCACACGGCCAGGCCAUCUCCGUGCUGCGGCGGCCAUGCCCUCUGCUCAGACUCAUCGUCAUGCAGGAGAAGGGCUUCAACCCCCGUCACCCGCAACGCCCUGGCCUCGAGCACCACACUCCCUCCUCCACCAUCAUGGCCACCGCCUCCCCUCCCUCUCACAGUCCCCACGGCACCGCCCACAACCAGGGUACGGUGAUCCAGGUGACGCUGGUAAAGAGGGAUCGCUCGGAGCCGCUGGGCAUCAAGCUGAUCCGCAAGUCGGACGAGACGGGAGUCUUCAUUUUGGACCUGUUGGCAGGGGGGCUGGCGGCCAAGGACGGGAAAUUAUGCAACAAUGACAAGGUGAUGGCCAUCAACGGGCAGGACCUGAGACACGGCACCCCAGAGAAUGCAGCACAGAUCAUACAGGCCAGUGAGGUGCGGGUGAACUUUGUGGUGAUGAGGCAGCCGGAGGCCCAGGAGGAAGGGGGCAGUGGGGGAGAGGGGCAGGGCCGAGUGGCUAGGAGGGCUCCAGAACCCCAGUACUUCAGACGCCCCUCCACCUACAUGAAGGAUCCACCAGGGGGCUUCUGCAGUCAGGAGAAGAUGGUGAGUCUGAAGAAGGAGCCAAGACUCUCCCUGGGCAUCACCAUCGCUGGGGGGAGGGACUGCCGCAGCCGACUGCCCGUCUACAUCACCAGUGUCCAGCCUGUCGGCUGCCUGCACCGAGACGGCACUAUCAAAAAAGGGGAUGUCUUGCUGAGCAUCAACGGCGUGGAUCUGACCCAGCUGACUUACAAUGAGGCGGUGUCGGUGCUGAAGGCCCAGACGGCUCAGGCCCAGGUGGUCCUCAGGGUCAUCCAGACCAUCUCAGAAGACCCAGAGGAUGAGGGGGAGGCCGCCAAGGAGGCCAUGGAGUCUGUGGAAAAUCCACGGGAGGAUGAUGUCAACUGGGCCCCGUUGUGGACCCGCUGGCUGGGGCUUCCCGGUCACAUGCACUGGUGCCGUGACAUCGUGUUGCUGAAGACCAAUCAGGAGAGCUGGGGCUUCAGCAUUGUGGGCGGCUUCGAGGAGAGUCACGGACAGCAGCCGUUCUUCAUCAAGACCAUUGUGCCUGGUACACCCGCCUACCUCGACGGACGCCUCAAGUGUGGUGAUGAGAUUGUAGCUGUGAACGGAGCCACCACAGUGGGCAUGAACAACUCGUCCCUCAUCCCCAUGCUCAAGCUGCAGAAGAAUAAAGUCACACUGACUGUGGUGUCCUGGCCGGGGAGCCUGGUGUAGACACGCAUGUGUAUGCACACGAAGAUACAGACGCACACCCUGCCUUCCUCAGCUCCUGUCUCCACUGAGCCUCUUGUCUCUGCACAUACCACCCUAGAAUCUCAUUGGUGACAUUCUUGGAAAGAUGGUUACUUUUCCGAUUGAUUAAUUUCACUAGGUAAUCUCUUCUGAUGUGGAUUGUAAUCUAGUUUAAUUUGCACAUUAACCUAGCUGACUAGUGUGACCGAAUUUCACAUUUUAGUUGUUUCACUGCUUUGGUUGUUGUUUUUGUUGUUACUCAAAAGGGCAGUUGAUUCUCUGGCUGAACAAAUCGGGCUUAUCAGGGUGAAGGAUGAAUUGACAAUCAAAAAUUGGAACCCUUAAUGGUGGAAACAGCCACAUCUGUUUAUAUAUAUAUCACACUCACCGGCCAGUUUAUUAGGUACACCCCGUUCACAAAUUGAUCCCUCCUACAGACAGUGAGUCAUGUAGCUGUGGUGUGCUAUAUAAAGCAGGCAAACAGGUUUUGAGACAAUCAGUUACUGUUCGAUUGAACGUUAGAAUGGGCAAAAAUAGUGACAUUUGAGCGUGGUAUGAUCGUUGGUGCCAGGCACGCCAGAUCCAGUAUUAUCAGAAAAGGACGCCCUCCUGGGCUUUUCACGCACGACAAUGUCUAGGGUUUACUAAGAAUGGUGCGACAAACAAAAAAACAUCCAAUCAGCGGCAGUCCUGUGGGAGAAAACAGCUCGUUGAUGAGAGGUCGAAGGAUAAUGGCAAGAAUCAUGCAAGCUAACAGGCGGGCCACAAACAGACAAAAAUAAUGCCGCAGAACAGCAUCUCGGAAUGCACAACUCGUCUAUCCACAGACUCCAACAUGACAGCGAGUUCAGUUUACUUGAGUGGCCUGCAAAGUCCCCACAGACCUCAACCCAAUAGAUCAUCUCUGGGAUUAGAUGGAACGGCCUGUUCGCAGCAUGCAUGUACCUCCGUCCAAUCUGCAGCAACUGCAUGAUUCCAUCGCGUCAGCAUGUACCAACAUCCCUGUGGAAAUUUUCCAACAUCUUGUAGAAUACCCAAAGAAUUUAGGCUGUUCUGGAGGCAAAGGGGGAUCCGACCUGGUACUAGAUGGGUGUACCAAAUAUACACACAGAGGUCGGUUUAUCUGCGAUAUUACAAUUAAGAAGUUUCUGAAAACAACAAACACUCCCCCCCCCCGGUACAUCAUACAUGCUCGAUAGAAUCGCACAAUAUGUAUGUACUGCAAUAUUUUUUUACAUGCUGUGCGACGUGCCUCAGUUUGGCAACAAUAACAGCGGUGGUAGGGUGGCCAGUGGCGCCGUUUCCCCCUACUGCGGAUUCCAUCUUUAAAUGUAAACUGGAAGGAUCUUUACUGUUUUGGAAUUAUUGUUUUUACCUUGUCUUGAACACUUUAAACAUUUGUUUUUAGCAGGUUUUGCUUACUUGUUCACAAUACCCAUUUGCCCCCCCCCCCAUAUGUUAAUGGUGAUUUUAAUUAUUCAAUGCUGGGAUAUAUUUGUAGAUUUCAAAUUCCAUGGG